GUCCACUUCUAACUUGAGAGUCGAGAUCCUGCGAGGGCUGCAACAUCGCUCUCUUUAUUGGAGGACUCCGUGUCUAGUGCUCCAGCCGAGAGACCUCGGGGUCCCCCAUCCGCACCGCCACCAUGCCCAACUUCUCUGGCAACUGGAAGAUCAUCCGAUCAGAAAACUUUGAAGAUUUGCUCAAAACUCUGGGGGUGAACAUGAUGCUCAGGAAGAUCGCUGUGGCAGCAGCAUCCAAGCCAGCAGUGGAAAUCAAACACGAAGGAGAUACUUUCUACAUCAAAACCUCCACCACCGUGCGUACCACCGAGAUUAACUUCAAGGUCGGGGAGGAGUUUGAGGAGCAGACAGUGGAUGGAAGACCCUGUAAGAGCCUGGUGAAAUGGGAGAGCAAGAACAAACUGGUCUGUGAGCAGCGGCUUCUGAAGGGCGAGGGGCCUAAGACCUCCUGGACCAGAGAACUGACCAACGACGGGGAGCUCAUCCUGACCAUGACGGCUGACGAGGUGGUGUGCACCAGGGUCUACGUCCGAGAGUGAAUGGCGGAGAGUCUCAGCUGCCCAAGUGCACCACCCUGCCCCGCCCCUCCCCCUCCCUCUUCUAGGUAGCCCCCAUCACCACGCCCCACCCGGUCACUUUCAGGAGUCACUGGGAUGCCUUCUGCAGGGUCUCUGCUCUUUUUGACCCCCACAUCCUGUCCCCAUGCCACCAAACACAGAUGGAUUGCAAGAGCCCAGACCACCCCCUGGAAUCACUGCCCGCCCCCACCCCACCCCAGUCAGCAGUCCUAGCCCCAAACCAGCCCCAAACAGGCAAUCUCUCUCUCUCUCUCUCUCUCUUUCUCUCAGAGGACCUAAAGACCAGAGUGGCCGAGGCUUCUGUUCUUUGUCCCUGUAGCCUAUGUUGUUUAGAAUAUUUAUUUUGUUAAUUUUAUUAAAAAUGUUUU